AUGAGCAGUGGAAAUGGAACAAAAUCUGAUCUCAAGUUGAGUUUAUCUCCCCCAAGGCCAAACAUUAGAAUCGACUCCCCGCCAGGAUCAAGAACAGUGUCACCGAGCUCAUGCGUGUCAUCAGAAAAGUACUGUACGAGCCCCGAGGCUACAUCCAUGGUUCUGGUGGGUUGCCGUCAAUGCCUCAUGUACAUUAUGCUAUCAGAAGAGGACCCAAGAUGCCCCAAAUGCAAGACCACUGUUUUGCUUCAUGUCAUCCAUGACAAAAACACUGCCACCAAGAAUACAAGCUACUCUUCAAAAUCUUCCCUAGAGUUUCCCAAAUGA